AUGAAGAAUUAUCGCACUUAUCCCAAGUACAAACGAUUUAUAGACUACCUUCAAUUGUCUUUGCAAUGUUGUGGGUUGAAAUCUUAUAAGGAUUGGUUCAAACACGAUUGGCACGAUAAAGCGCGCGAUUAUGAUUUGGAGCCAUUAGAUACCAAUGCAGCGUUAAAAAGAGACGGCAAUGACGUUGAUAGCGUACCGCUGAGUUGCUGCAAGAGCGGUUCUUGUGUGUCAAGUUUUUUGGAUGAACUUGGGACAAACUCAAUAAAUACGAGCGGCUGCGGCAGCCUAAUGUACCACGUUAUUAUAGUGACGAUGAAUAUUCAUCUUGUUUUAUUUGUGGCUGUUAUACUUUUAGAGAUCCUUAUAUUACGAUGUGUAGUAAUUCAUUCUACGGAUAAUGGUUCUCAUAAGAUGUUAAUAGACCACAUUAUGCCAGUUAAUGAAAAUUUUGAUAUGUCAAGUGAAUCCUGUCAUGUUGAGGCGGAAGACAGUGAUGACGGGAUUAAAAAUAAUGAAAAGAGUAAUGCUAUUCGGGAUCUCUAA